AUGACCCUAAGCAGAAAGAUGUCUUAUUUUGUCUUUGCCUUUUUCUUCAUUUUGGCUCAGUUUCUAUCAGGGUGCCAGGCAGGACUCGAGUAUUCUGAGCCACUUCCAGGAGGUGAGUUUGCUGCUUGUGAGCCUUGCAGGCUCGGCCGGGGCAAAUGCAGAAGGAUAUGCACCGAGGAUGAGAAGGUUGUUGGAAAUUGCAAGAUGAACUUCUUCUGUUGCCGACGGAAGAUCAGGUGA